CAUCGCAACAGCCGUGCGAUUCCACGCCGGAAUAAUCGUCGUCGUCGUCGUCGUCGAUCGUCUCGAUCGGAAUAAGGCUCUCACGAUUUUCUCGCGAUUUCACGCUCGUUCGUUCGCGCGUAUAUAAGUGACACGGUAAGCUCCUCUCGUGAAAAGGCACAAGCCCUCGAUUCGCGAACGCGACGAACGGACUCUGAUACGUAAUCCACCCUGCUCGAACGACGACCGCACACUGCGGACCCCACCUCGCCCCUCCCAACGAUAUCCAUGUCCACCACCCACCACCCAUCUCGUUCCGCGCACUCGUCUCUCGUACGAACACACACACACAUACAUACUCUCUCUCUCUCUCUCUCGCUCUUUCCUUUUUAUCACGUCCCCUUCUUCUCGCUGUCGUCGCUACGCUGAUGAAUUGCACUUUUCGUCUGUAUUUCUUACAUCUUCCGCAAUCGGAGUGAAACAAGCGUACGUUCGUGACGCGGGAAAGAGAGAGAUGAGGGUAAAUAAGUGUAGCAAGUGUAGAUGAAGCGUGUCUCUACGCGCGGGCGCCGUCGCACUACCCGGCUGUUCCGAUUCGCGAUUUAUCGAAGGAUUUUCGUACGAGCGUGAAUUGUCGUUCGGAUUGUAGUCGCGCCGUAUUAUUUCGCGAACGAAUUCGUACGAAAUGUCAUGCGAAUCGCGGCGACCAACGACCCACGCGACGCGACUUCGCACGGCAGAGCAAUUCGAAUGGUUUCCCGAAACGCCGCGCGCACGCGCACAUACGUCACCGUGUUAUAGAUCGUUGCCUAGCAACCGGUUGCCAUGAGCAACCGAGUACAACAAGUUUCGCGCCAUUUUCCUCGGUAGCUGAUAAAAGGACGGGAUAUUGUGAGUGACACGACGUGUAUGGGUUAAAUGUACAGGUUAAGUCGUUGCAACGCCUGAUAAAAAGAGAAGCAAAAAUGCUAAAAAUAUUGUCACUUCACGAUUUCGAGUGUCCUGUUUUGGACAAUACGGCAGCCGUCGGUUUAAUUGACGACACCGUGCAUUAUUGCACCUACGACAAGAUGCAUGAUGAGAUGCAACCUUUCUCAAAGUACUUGCGUGGGUAUCCUGAGGUUUCCAUCACGCAGGAGAUUCUGGCCACCCGCGACUCUGCGCGCGCGGUUAGCGCUGGAGAAUUAUUUCUGCCCAUUCACGAUAGCGUCUUCAAAAAACUUGCCAAUGUAUGGAGAGAGAAAGGAUUGUCCGAAGCCAUUCGUUUCGCUGCAGCUGCAAAUCCGGAGCAGAUUACAAAUUUUGUGCAUUGGAUGGCAACAAGACUGAAUUGGAUGUUGGAUUUGAUGGAAAGAGGAAUAUAUCAGAGAGAUGUGUUACCAACAUCAGGAACUGGGUCUGUUGCCGAUAUUGUUGCUACACGGGAUUGGAAUACAUCACUAAUUAGGUGUCUGUCUUGGCAUCCGCAUUGUGCUCGUUUAGCUGUGGCUACAAGGGACAACCGAAUUCGUAUUUAUUCACAAGGCAUACCAGGUGUGCCAGUAUUGAGACAUAGUGCACAAAAGUCAGUUUGCUGCUUAAGUUGGAGACCAUACGCCAGUCGUGAAUUAGCAGCUGCAUGUUAUUCUGGAGUAUUAAUUUGGACGAUAGAGCUGGGAGCAGCCAGUAAUUUACUUAGUCAUGCGAUACUUUUAAAGCAAAGAAAUCAUGUACCUGUUACAAGUGUUAUAUGGCAUUCACAAGGUGGCUUAUUGGCAUCUUGCUCACCAACAGAUUUAAACAUAAUAAUUUGGGAUGUUUCGAAGGAAGAUGGAGUUCCUUUGAAACGUGUUGGUGGAGGUGGCAUAUGCUUUAUACACUGGUCAUCUUGUGGCUCACGUUUAUUGUCUGCUUCAUGUAGAAAUGUUUUUAGAGUUUGGAAUACUGGCGUUCCAACGCCAUGGCAUGCAGAAAGGUGGACAGUUCCUCAUGGUCGUGUAGCAACUGCAUGCUUUGGUCCCAAUUUAACAUUACUAUUUGCUACUACUGAAGAUCCUGCUACGAUAUUCUCAUUGCCAUUGCAAGAUAAUAUAUUUGAUGUUAAGAAAGCAACUAAUAAUGAUGUAAAGAUAGCUAUGCGUCUAAUCGAUUUAACGAAAGUAAAUUUUUCAUGGGAUGAUGAUGAUUAUAUCACAGUGGGAGGCAGAAUAGUUUCUAUGGAAUGGGAUUCAACAGGAAAAUAUCUCGCUAUUCUUUUCCAGGAUAGUCCAGUUAUUGCUCUAGUUAAAACGAGCCUAAGUAAUUUAUCACGAAUAGUGGAAGUGCAGCCCAGCUGUCUCAUCAAAGGAUUUCCCGGUGAAGUACCAAACUGUAUUAACUUUUAUCAAAAACAUUCAUCAUGGCUUUGUUUAACAAUAGCUUGGAGUAGUGGACGCGUGCAACAUUUUCCGAUUGUCGAAAAUGAAUCUAAAGUUGAUGUUACCACACAUUUUACGCUAUUGUCUCAAUCUGAAAUAACAAAUGAAUCGUAUAAAGUUUGUGGUUACAGACAAUAUUAAAUUGUUAUUUCUAUAAUAUGGAUGAGAUGAUAAUAAUAAACUUU